AUGGCCGUAAGGCGAUUUUGGGCAACUUAUCUUCCAGGCUUACCUCAUUUGGGAGUCGGCACAAGAAGUGUCUCUUAUCCCCGAUUUCGGCGAUACGGAGGUGUCUGGAACAACCAGCGCACCUGGUCAUCCGCUGCACGCACUGCAGUCCAGUCUGAAUCCCAACAAAAACGAGAGUCCUGGCACACCGCAGAAGAAUCAAUUGAGCGAUAUGUUGAGGGAGGGUAUCAUCCGGUGUCGAUUGGCGAUACUUUCAAGGAUGGACGGUAUACGGUCGUGAGGAAGCUUGGAUGGGGCAGGUACAGCACGAUCUGGUUAGCCAAGGACAACAAGAAAGACAUAUAUGUGUCCCUGAAGCUGCUGACCUCCGAAUGGACGCCCCGGGAAGACCUGCUCUCAGAAGCCGCAUUCCUACGCAAAGCCUCUACAGCCAACCCCUCCCACCCCGGGUCUCAACACGUGCUCACCCUUCUCGACGAAUUUCGUUUCAAAGGCCCAAAUGGAACACAUAUCGUGUUGGUGACGGAUGUGUUGGGAGAAGACCUGGUCACGGUGAGGGGGCGGUAUGACGGCGGCCGUCUCCCGGUCGGGGUGGUGAAGCAGGUGUCGAAGCAGGUUCUAUUGGGACUGCAAUAUUUGCAUAAGGAGUGUGGGAUUACACACACGGACAUGAAGCCAGACAACAUCCUGAUUGCACUGUCUCCCCCUCCUGCCAUCUGUGAUCCUUCGCUCUCACCCUCCGUCGUAUCCAACAAUUUCAUCAGCGAAUGUCUCUCCGUCCUCAAGCCUCAAGCUGAGAUGAUCACCUCUCCCUCAGGAGAUCCAGUUCCCAUCUCCGUCUCCCAGGCACUCCCGAUAUUCGCCAUGCGCAAAGCGACGAACGGCAACCACCCACUCGAGAUUAGGGUCAAGAUCGUAGAUUUAGGUGUGGCGAACUGGAAUGACCGGCAUUGGGCGGAUAUGAUCGAGAGCCCGGCCAUGCGUGCUCCCGAGGUCAUUCUGAGAGCGGGGUGGGAUACGAAGGCUGAUAUUUGGAGCGCGGGCUGCAUGAUAUAUGAACUCAUCAUGGGAGAGUGGCUCUUCACCCCCCGAGGCUCCCAGCUUUAUACCCAGGAGCAAGACCACCUCUCCCAAAUAUCUGCCCUCCUCGGACCCAUCCCUUCCUCACUGGUCGAUCAGGGGAAAUAUUCACAUAAGCAAUUCGAUGCGCACGGAUCAUUACCCAUCAUCUCGCACCCGCCGCGCACACCCAGCCUCGAGAAGAGGGUUGAGCGACAGGAUGCGCUCAGCGCGGAUCAGUUUGCGGGGUUUGUGAGCUUCUUGAGGGCGAUGUUGCAGAUCGACCCGGGGAGGAGGGCGAGUGCGACUGAACUGCUGGAGCAUGAUUGGAUCAGGGAAGGAAAGGAGGUGCAUUGGUGGAGCGCAGUGUGA